UUGAUAUAAAAACACCAACAAUACUUGUGUUCAUAUCAAUAUCUUUAUUUCACAGGUUAAUCAAUGUAAUUGUCGCCUUUACUGAUGAUCAUCUUUAAUAUGUUGAACUGAAACAAGAGUUCAAUUGAAUUGAAAAAAAAACGGUGACAUUAUCAAUCGUUAAUCAUUGACAAUUAUCGGUUGAAUCAAGAAAAUUAUCAGAGAAAUAAGUUGAUUCUAAUGAUACCUAAUCAAGUUCAUGGUUCACCAAGUCCGUUUUCAAAGUCUGGUCUACCAAGUGAUGAUGGUGAUGAUGAUAGGUUAAGAGGUGGUGAAGGCAAAGGAAUCACUUUAACUGGACCGAGUGGACUUGAGGGUGCAACAAGCGCAACUGUAAAAGCUCCUCUAAUCAACGCAAUAUCACAGGCAAUAGGCACAAGCACAGACACAUCGACAACAACACUGACGAAGAUGAAGACGAUAUCACCUUCAUCUUUAUCAACUUCAUCGUUGUCCUCACUAUCAUCAACCUCAUCUUCAACUUAUGGUCUGACCAGGGAAUCAAUGAGAAACUAUAUUCGUGAAAGGAAAGAGAUGAAAGUUGUUAUCUUACAUGCCAAAGUUGCCCAAAAGUCUUAUGGUAAUGAGAAGCGAUUCUUUUGUCCACCUCCUUGUAUUUACCUUUACGGUGAUGGCUGGUCACAUCGACAACAGCAAAUGAUUAGAGCUGGUCAAUCGGAAUCAUCAACACAAAUCUGUGCCUUCAUUGGAAUCGGCAAUUCGGAUCAAGAAAUGCAACAAUUAGAUUUCAAUGGAAAGAACUUUUGUGCUGCUAAAACAUUGUACAUAAGCGAUUCAGAUAAACGGAAGCAUUUCAUGUUAUCAGUGAAAAUGUUUUAUGCCAAUGCUGAUGAUAUUGGCGUUUUUUAUUCACAACGGAUUAAAGUCAUAUCAAAACCAUCAAAGAAGAAGCAAUCGUUAAAGAAUGCAGAUUUGUGCAUAAGCUCAGGAAGUAAAGUAGCUUUGUUUAAUCGACUUCGAUCUCAAACAGUCUCAACUCGUUACCUUCACGUUGAAAAUAACAAUUUUCAUGCAAGUUCAUCUCAAUGGGGAGCUUUUACUAUACAUUUGUUGGAUGACAACGAAUCGGAAUCUGAGGAAUUCAAGGUUAAAGAUGGUUACAUACAUUAUGGAUCAACAGUUAAGCUGGUUUGCUCUGUUACAGGAAUGGCUUUACCAAGAUUGAUAAUACGAAAAGUGGAUAAACAGAAUGCCCUUUUGGACGCAGAUGAUCCAGUUUCGCAGUUGCAUAAAUGUGCCUUUUACAUGAAAGAUACCGAAAGAAUGUAUCUUUGUCUAUCUCAAGAACGAAUCAUUCAAUUUCAAGCCACACCAUGUCCAAAAGAGCCCAAUAAAGAAGUAAUUACUGAUGGAGCUUCAUGGACAAUAAUAAGUACUGAUAAGGCUGAAUAUACCUUUACUCAAGGAAUAAAGAUGAAUGGAGGAACCUCGGUUACACCUGUUCCUAUUGUAUCUAAUCUCAGUCUCAAUGGCUCAGGUGAUGUUGCUACAUUAGAGUUGACUGGUGAAAAUUUUAACGAAAAUUUGAAAGUUUGGUUUGCUGAUGUUGAAACUGAGACAUUCUUCAGAUGCCAGGAAAGUAUAAUUUGCGUAGUUCCUCAAAUAUCUGAGUUUCGGGAAGAGUAUGAAUGGAUACGCCAACCAACACAAGUACCAAUAUCAUUAGUACGAGAUGAUGGAGUAAUCUAUGCAACUGGUUUAACGUUUACUUAUACACCAGAACCGGGUCCAAGACAAAAUUGUCCUACCGAUAUCGAUGAUGGACUAAGGCCCUUAACUCAAUCUGAAUAUCACAAUCUUCACCACCAACAUCAUAUCCAAUCUCAACAACAGCAACAGAAUCAACAUCAUCAAAAUUCACCACAUUCUCCGCAUACUCAGCAUAACUAUCAACCAACCUUGGAACAAGCUUCUCAUGGGCAACAACAACAUGCAACUCAUCAACCACCACCACCACCACAGCAUCAUCAUCAACAUCAUCUUCACCAUUCUCAUCAACCAAUUAACUCGCAUCCUGGGUCACCUCCAUUGCUUGUUCAUCAGAGUCAAACAUGUGUUGAGAACUCAUUCAACGGACAUCUUUAUUUAUUGGAUCACCAGGAACAACAUUCAGCCGCCCAACUCCAAUCAUCUGGUCAAUCAAAUAGCAGCAAUCAUCAACAAUCACUAAAUCAUUCACCACCAUCAUUGGAUCACCAAAGAACCCAAGUUCAAUCGAAUCAACCAAAUAAUUCAAUCAUCAAUUCAUCAACACCAAACCAUCAUCACUCUUUUCAACAUCACCAAUCACCAUUACCUUCACCUCCACCUUUAUUAACCCACCAUCAUCACCAUCACCAGCAACAACACCAUUCCGCUAGUCAUUUAAAUAUUGUUCAUCCUUCGUCAAUGAUGUCAAGAUUUACUGGAUCUUGUGAUAACAAUUUAAGAUCUACUAGUUUGGUUCAUUCGCAUAAUCAAAGAUCGUCUCAUCGCACCCAUCCAUACUUUGUACCUGGCCAUGGAACUCACUCUAAUCAUCAUUCUCACCCUCAUCUGCAAGCUCUCUAAGCAAAUCUGCUUAAUAUAACAUUAAUUAAAUUCAAUUUUGCACUUGAGUCAAUUCUUAGAUGUCUUUCAUCUUUGUUUUAUAAAUUAUCCUAUUACAAUUGCUUGUUUACACUUCAAGUCAACCCAACAUCAUUUACACUCAAAUUCAUUUUUUUGUAUCUAAUCACAAAUAUCAACACAGAAAAAUUGUCAUCAGAGCAAUAAUUAUUAUAGCCUAAUACUAAUUUUCAAACGCAGUUGAAAUUGUCUCUAUUUACAACCAUCAUCUAUCAAUGUUGGUUUUUACUUAUUUCUUUGGAAGAGAGUUAAUGCCUCAAUAAAUCAAAGUGAUGUUAAUCAUUCAAA